GGGCAGGACUCCCCACUCCCCAGACUCCAGGCAGGAGUCGCAGGAACAACACACAAAUACAAGAACGAGAAGCAGAGCUUUGCAUUCUCUAUUCGUCAAUUUCGCCCAAGAAAAUGCUGAGGGUUGUGUCAAUAUCAUUACGAAGUUUUAUUAGUUCACAUCAUGUUAUCAAAUCAACUACGCGCAGUUUUGGAGUCUCUGCGUGGUUGUCCUUAAAAGAGAUCCGAGAAAAACAAGAAGGUGAUACUCUCAUAAUUGAGGGCGUCAAUAUCAAAUCUCCCCGUGAAGGACUUUUGGUAAAGACAGACAAUGAAAAAGGAGCCUGCCCAUUGUGUGCCUUAGGUCUGGAUGUGAAACACACUGACAUUCUCAUUAUUAAGCAAUUUUUGGACCACAAUGCUAAAUUAUAUCCGAGGAAUAUAACUGGCUUGUGUCGUUGGCAGCAGCGAAAAAUGAAGUAUUUGGCUGAGAUGGCUACUCGAGCUGGCUUGAUCAACUCGCUACUUCGUGAACCCGUUCCGGAGUAUCAGAAGGGUUGGAGGAAAUUCAAUACAUAUUAUGACGAAGAUGAAAUACCGUCAUCUGGAUCAGAAUACGCUCUACAGAAAAAUAGAGAAUUUGAAGAAGCUUAUAGACUGGCUAAGGCAGAAAAGGAUGCUCAUGAGGAAAUGCUUAGGAAACAGAGACAAGAAAGAAGAAAGUAGUUUUGUUAUCCAAUCUUGUCUAAUUUUAUGUAAUAUAAAUCCCUUUUUUGCACUGAUCAA